AUGGAUCACACAUCCGCCCACAGUGCUGCGACUUUGAGUCCAACAAGAGAGGCAACAGUGGCAUACAAUCACGACGACGACGCCAUAAAAGCCAAAGAAGAAGAAAAAGUCCUAAAACACGUCCAUGAUGCACAUGUGCAUGACAUUUUUGUACAAGAAGCUGCUCCUCCUGCUGCUGUCGAGGUUGCAGAUGACCAUGGUCAUUCUCAUGAAACAUCCUGUGAAGCUCAAGUCAUGGAAAAUUACAACCUAUCUUUCAGAAUAGGCUCCCUGUUCAUCAUUAUGGGCACAUCGGCUAUUGGUGUAUUUGCUCCCAUCCUUAUAUACCGUAUCAGUCCUUAUAAAGAAGGCGGAUUGCGUGAUUGGACACUCACAGCCGGUAAAUUUUUCGGUACGGGUGUCAUCAUUGCCACUGCUUUUAUACACAUGCUACCAGAAGGCCUUGAAAAAUUUGAUUCUGAAUGUAUCGGCGAAGGCUGGCAUUCCUAUCAUGCUUUUGGUGGUCUGUUCUGCCUUAUUUCUUCUUUCUUACUGCAACUGGUGGAAUUGGCUGCCCUUUCAAAACUAGACUCUCUUGCCCAAAAGAACGAUGAUGCCAUGGUGGAGAAAGGUCUCGUCCCUAUGCCGACUCACACACAUAAGCACCCUGUUCCCUACGAACAUUGUCAUCACGGUAUCCACGAAGAAGGACAUGUGCAUUCUGCUGGUUUCUUGGAAAGUGAUCAAUCGAUGCGUAAUAUUGGUACUUUUAUCUUGGAGUUGGGUAUUCUCAUGCAUUCUAUCAUUAUUGGUAUCACUUUGGGUACAGAAGAUGAAGAAAGCGUCAUGACCCUCCUGAUUGCUCUGGUCUUCCAUCAAUUUUUUGAAGGCAUUGCCCUCGGAAGCCGUAUCAAUGAUUUGCACUGCAAAUGCUGGAAGAAACCCGUCCUGAUGGGCCUUUUGUUCAUCAUCAUGACUCCCAUCGGUAUCGCUAUUGGCAUCGGCAUUAGAAACACAUUGAACCCUGGUUCGUCUAUUCUUGCUCAGGGCAUCUUGGAUUCUCUGUCGGCGGGUAUCUUGCUCUACAAUGCCUACGUCUCUUUGAUGAGCAUUGAAAUUAAUCAUAAUGUCGGAUUCAGAAAGUCUCCUUGGUUCCGCAAACUAUUUUGCUUCCUCUUUAUGUAUUGUGGUGCGGCUCUCAUGGCUGUCUUGGGUACUUGGGCCUAA